AAAAGAUAAAAAGGUGGUGGCUUCACGCUUGUCUGACAACGUUGUUGUAAUCACGAAGAAGAAGAAGAACUAACCUUCAAGCCACCGGCUUAACGCCAAAAAUUCCUAAUUUUGAAAUUUACCCCAUCCCCUGUGGAUAGGACAAUCCAUAAGAACAAGUAACAACACAACGACCCUUCUGGUUGGUGUUUUUAGAGAGUUCGAAGGGGCAAGUUUUGUUUUUUUGCGGAGUUUCGUCUCUACUGUUUCUCAAUUUCAAAACCCACAAAGGAUAAGCGUUUCGUUUGAUUGUUACUUUGGCUUCUUCUGUUUUGCUGACACCACUAACAUGGUUUUUGGUGAGGGUUCUUCGUCUUCUUCUCGCAACUGCUUCCGCGUUUUCCGAAUUCUCUCUUAUAUAUUUUGUGCUGAAUUGGGUACGGAGAAAACGAUUUACUCAUCUGUUUCUGAGCUAAGAAGACUUCACUUUUAAGCUUCUGCUCAAGAUUCUGAAUUUGGCUGGCAGGUUCUUAAGAAUAAGAAUCAUAAGGUAUUUACUAUGCAAGAAGAAGGUUCAUCUUCUGUAACUUCGUUGUCACUUUCACCUAGCUUGGGAUCUCCACGCCCCAUGCUCAAGGAACUGAGAUCUGAGGAAAGGGGUUUGUGCUUAAUCCAUUUGCUUCUCACUUGUGGAAAUCAUGUAGCUGCUGGGAAUGUUGAAACUGCAAAUGUUUUACUUGGGCAAAGUUCCAUGCUUGCCUCUCCAGAGGGCGAUACUAUGCAACGGAUCGCGGCCUAUUUUACUGAAGCACUUGCUGAUCGGAUGCUUAAGGCAUGGCCCGGGCUCCAUAGGGCCCUCAACUCAACUAGAAUAGUCAUGGUUUCUGAAGAAGUUCUCACUCGAAAGCUUUUUUAUGAAAUUUUUCCUUUUAUGAAGAUAGCAUUUGUUCUGACAAAUCAAGCUAUCAUUGAGGCGAUGCAAGGCGAAAAAAUGAUUCAUAUAAUUGAUCUUAAUGCUGUUGAAUCUGCGCAGUGGCUUGCACUCUUCCAAAUUCUGAGUGCACGUCCUGAAGGUCCACCUCAUUUGAGAAUCACUGGUGUUCAUCAUAAGAAAGAGAUUCUAGACCAAAUAGCUUAUAGACUGGUUGAAGAAGCAGAGAAGUUGGAUAUUCCAUUCCAGUUUAACCCUGUAGUCAGCAAAUUAGAGAGCCUAGAUUUUGAAAAACUUCGUGUGAAAACUGGAGAGGCACUCGCUAUAAUUUCCAUGCUCCAAUUGCAUUCACUUUUGGCUUGCGACGACGAAGGGAGAAGAAAUCCUCAUUUAGCUGGAACCUCAAAUGCAAUUCCCCGGCAAAGAAGACAGCCUAUGUUCCAAAGCUCAUCGAGUGAGAAAGAUACGGCCAAUGAAUAUGCGCCUAGUCCUGACUCAUCCUCAUCGUCUCCAGCAUCGUUAACUACUUCAAAUUCAAAGCAUAUGGAGAGCUUUCUUAAUGCAUUAUGCGGAUUAUCACCAAAGGUUAUGGUUGUAACUGAACAGGACUCCAAUCACAAUGGUUUGACUCUUAUGGAGAGGCUACUAGAAGCUCUAUACUCUUAUGCUGCACUAUUUGAUUGCUUGGAGUGCAGGCUGCCAAGGACAUCAUUGGAGAGAUUAAGGGUUGAGAAGAUGCUUUUCGGUGAGGAAAUCAAGAACAUUGUCGCGUGCGAGGGAUUUGAACGAAGGGAAAGGCACGAGAAGCUGGAUAAGUGGAUCCAGAGAUUUUAUUUGGCUGGAUUUGGUAACAUGCCCUUAAGCUAUUUUGGUAUGCUGCAAGCAAAGAGGUUCUUGCAGAGCUAUAGAUGUGACGGAUACAAAAUGAGAGAGGAAAAUGGUUGUGUAUUAAUUUGUUGGCAAGAUAGGCCCUUGUUUUCAGUAUCAGCUUGGAGACCUCGAAAGUAAUACAGAAUCUAGGAAAAGGGAAAAAAUAAGGAAGAAGUAUCGAUAGUAUAGUAUAGUCUUUGUCAGUUGUAUUUAUGUGAAGUUGAUUAGUCAAAUCUGUUAAAUCAUUUAAUGGUUUUUGAAUUUCAACUUCACAUAAAAACA